AUGAUUCUUGAUCGUGACAAGGUCCAAUAUUCAAAUUGGGUUGAACUCUUUGAAUGUCAUGCUAAUGCUUACAACGUUUUAGAUCAUAUUGACCUAAAAACUUCACGGCCUACAGGUUUAUCGGAUGAUAUAUGGAAGAGACUUGAUUCAAUUGUUAUAAACUGGAUUUAUGGCACAAUCUCUCGUGAUUUGCUUGAAACAAUUUUGUGCAAGGGAGCCACGGCUCAAGAAAUUUGGGAUAAGCUCAAGGCGAUUUUUCAAGAUAAUAAAACUACUAGGGCGUGUCGUGAGUUGAAGAACUUGAAGGAUCAAUUGGCCAGUGUUGAUCAAGCGGUGUCGGAGCAAAAUAUGGUGAUUAGGUUGGUCUCGGGUCUUAUAGGUACUGAUUUGGACACCGUUGCUGCCAUUAUCCAACAAUCAGACCCGCUGCCAUCUUUUGAAACUGCUCGAUCUCGUCUUCUUCUUGAGGAGUCGAGGCGUGCCAAUGAUAAUAGUGCUUCCGCGUCUUCCUUUGUAGCCCAAUCAAGCAAUUCGAGCUCUGCUAGCACCACCACCGUGCCACCCCAACAGCAGCAGCAGCCGGGUGGUAGGGGUGGCGGCAUAGGUGGACGCGACAGGGGACGUGGCUGUGAACGGGGCAAGGGUCGUGAUCGUGGACAACCGCAACAGCAGCAACAACCCCCACCCCAGCAGCAAGGUGCGCCUAUGUGGGGGGUGCUCCGCAACAGCAGUGGGAAGGGACAGCAGGUCAGCAUGCCCUGCAAUGGGGCUACGCUCCCUAUCCGCACCCACAACAGUGGGCAGCCCCGAAACCCGCCUUCCCACAGCAGCUGCAGCAUUUUAAGUAGCAGCAAGCCCACUUCACACGCCCCUUGCCGCAGCAACAACAAUAUCAAGGUCGAAAUUCACAGUACGGUGCUACAAUGA